AUGAUGAAGAAUCUGGUCCUUGAUCCAUCGCACGCCGAGGCGCCUACUCGCGACCACCAGGAUUACCCUGACAGUCUGCCAGAGGCAAAGGAGACCAAGGUUCAUCCCACCAAUGCCGGAUCAGAGAAUGCAAGUCUGUAUUUCGUCGGAACAGCAACGACGAUAUUGGAAUGGGAGGGCGUUCGCAUCAUGACAGAUCCCAACUUCUUGCAUGCUGGAGACCAUGUUCAUCUCGGACCCGGUGUGACGGGAACAAGACAAACAAACCCAGCACUGGACCUGCACGAACUUCCUCGUAUUGACGCAGUCCUAUUGUCACACUACCAUGCAGACCACUUCGACCAAGAAGUUGAAGCUUCCCUUCGUCGCUCGUUGCCCAUUAUCACAACUCCUCACGCGAAAGAUCACUUGACUUCGAAGGGUGAGGAGGAGUCUUUCAGCAAGGUAUACGAUCUCGACUUCUUCCAGAGCAUGUAUGUCGAUAUCCGCAAGUCUGGAACUACACAUGAAGCAACGAAUAAGAAGGUUCCGGCUGUAAAGGUAACAGGUAUGCCUGGUAAACAUGUUCCGCAGGGUAUGCUGAGCAAGGCCAAUGACCUGCUCGGUGCUGUGCCACCUACCAAUGGCUGGAUGCUGGAGUUGGGCUACAAGGAGGGCGAUGGCAGCUCCACUGAUAGCUUCAAGAAUGGAUACCGCAUCUAUAUUUCCGGCGACACACUCAUGGUCGACGAGCUCAAGGAAAUCCCAGAACGCUACAAGGGUCAAAACAUCGACCUGAUGUUGAUCCACCUUGGCGGCACUACGAUCCCAUCGCCAAAAUUGCCAAUGUUGAUGGUAACCAUGGAUGCAAAGCAAGGCAUUGAACUUGUCAGACUGAUCGAUCCUGACUUGACCAUUCCCAUCCACUACGAUGACUACGAUGUCUUCCUAAGUCCUUUGGACGACUUCAAGAAGCAAAUGGAGGAGGCAGGGUUGAGUCAGAAAGUCGUGUACCUGGAUCGCAAGGACCAGUACAAGUUCGCCGUGCAGCAAAGCAACUGA